AUGUCCAGCUGGGCGCUCAAGGCAACUAGAAAGAAGAAUCACGAUAUAGUACCUGGCUCAUCAAGGUUUGUUGCCAAUGAAUUGGAUCUACUGUUUACUGAAGCGGCAGCACAGAUAGAUCGACAUUACAAACAAACUUUAGACGAUAUUGAUCAGGUAAAACGAUUUACAAAACAGGUUUUAAAUGGCACAAUUGAUUUUAGCCUGCUUAGAUCUAUAGACGCAGGUAAUCCUUACGCUUCUCCAAUAAAGAGUGCUUCAGGAACUAGAAAGACACCUUCAAUAUUGACACCUGUACCAUUCUCUGUUGAUUUGCCACUGCCGAGAAAGCCGUUGAAUGGUACUGCCAUUAACACUAUUGAUAAGGAGAAACUGAAUAUACAACCAAGUGGGAAAGGAAACGGAAACGGAAAUGGAAAUGGAAAUGGAAAUGGAAUUAGGAAUGGAAACGAGGAUGUGAAUGUGAAAGGGAAUGUGAACUCGGUUGAAGAUGAUCCACUUUUUGAGGUACCCGUGGUGUCUAAGAAUGCAGAAAACACUAAGAGUAUAAAAGGAGAAGUCAUAGAAAGUUUCAAAACUGAGCCUGGAAGUUCGAAUUUGACAAAUAUAAGUAAAACGCCAUCACAACCACAUACAAUAGGAGAAUCAAAACCAAAAUCAGUAGCAGAGCUGAUACCAAUACUGCAUCCACCACAACCACCACAAUCACCACAUCCGCUAAAACCACUAGAACCAACACAGCCAACACAGAGUCAUGUUUCUGAAGCGUUUCCAAAAUCACCACAUCCUCAAUACUUGGAAAAGUCAAGAAGUAUUUUAAACGUGUUUUCAGUUCCCAAAACUCCUGCGCGAUAUAUUGAGCCAGAUUCAGACAACUCUUUCCAAACCAUCAGAAAAACAAUUCCUAACAGAUACAAAGAGCGAUCUUCAUUUUUUAGAGACAUUGAACUUAGAGAGAGGGAACAAAUGCAGAAAAGAGAAAGCCACUAUACAAAAGAUGGGCAAACCCAACAUCAACGUAGUUCAAUAUUUGUUGCAUUGCCUACACGAGAAUCACUCCUCUCGCGCCAUGAGCAAAGAGAAGUAAACAGCUUUCCUAGCUCAAAAACAAGUGCAAGGGACAUUACUAAUAACGGUGUCAAUCUUGAUGCUAGUGUCAAUAACGGUGCCAAUCUUAAUCCCAUAGCCACUGCUUCGACCCAUCACGAACAACAAGGAUUACCACUGCAAAAGCAAGGGAUGAUACAAUCACGGAACGUUGAACAAAUAAACAAGGAUCAAAUCACAGAUCGUCACAUCCAACUUGAUGAAGAUACCCAUGAGGAGGUCUCUGUUGUCCAUGAGAAGGCUUCUUUCAUGGAUGAAGACGAGGAAGAAAAAGAAGAACAAAGAGAAGAACAAAAGGAAGAAGGUGCUUCAACGUUUAAACAAAUGCAUGAUCCCCCUAGCUUUCAAUCGAGUCCCGAAAAAGAAGCGCUUUUCAGUUUGGUUCCUUCAAGAAGCUUCACCACUGAACUACAACCCACACUCAAUGUAUGGGAGAGCAUUAGUCGGUUCCGUUCACUAUCUCCGAAAAGGCUGCCAUCUCCACAAAAACAAAUCAACCAGCAGCAACAACAGCAACAACAGCAACAACAGCAAAUGCAAAAACAAAAACAAAAACAACAACAACAAUUGAAACCCCAAAAACAAUCUCCCAAACGACCAGUAUCACCUUAUAGGUUACCUACUUUGGAAAAUACAAAGCCCAAUCUAUCUGUUUUAACCAACUCACCGAAAAGGAUUCGGUUAACGCCAGAAGCACGCUUGGAGAGGUUGACGUCACCUACUGCAUCUAGUGCAGCCAAAGAUCAGAGAAGGCAGUUGAAGCUGGAAGGUAAAAGAGAGCGCAACCGGUUUUUGACCACCUCUUUAAAGCAAGAAAAUUUCAGGAACGGCAAGGAGGGAACUGGAGAGAAACAAAAUGAGACGCGCUUGAUGCCAAAAUAUGACUACCUUUCAUUACCAAGAUCUACUAAAAAGUCUACCACUGAAAAGAGAAACGAGGCUGCAGCUGUGAAACAGCGACAAAAAUUGGUUGUUAAAGUUGAUCAUUUGCGCAAGUCCGAAUCUGAAAAACGAUUUGAAAUAAACCAAAACAGUGUUAAUGGCGUAGACAAGAAUAACAAUGAUAAUAACAAGCUUCACGUGCAGUCGCAUCCACAUCCACAUCCACAAGUACAAUCACAAGCACAAGCACAAUCACUUUACCCUCUUCAAACACCGAAAAAGAUUACACCACACAGUUUACCAUUUAUUGCCUCGGAUGAUGAUCAAAAUCAAGGGCAGAUCCUUCAACCCUGGGGUACUUCCCCAGAACUUCGCAAGCUUGCCAUGGCAAACAAAGAAACUAGUCCAUCAGAGUUUUUCCCAUCUCGGCCAAAAGUUGACUUGAAAGCAGUGUUCAACAGGUCGUAUCAUGAACCUCAAUCGCCUGCACCAACUCCAACUAAGCAAGCCAAGUAG